GCCUCGCGCUAACCUGGUGUUAGACGGCGCCGGAGGUAGGACGACGCUACCGGUGUGCGAAGGUGGAUGCCGUUUUUUUUUUUCUCCUCAGCGAAACGGGGAGGAAUGUACAGCGGACAGGACGACGAGGGCAGACUCCGUAAGUGACGUUAACCAAAACAUAAACGGAUAAAAGAGACGUUACGAAAAGGAACAGUUGUGAGGGGAAGAGUGCCAUUCAACCAGGAGCCGAGUAAUGGCUGGAGUUACUGGCCCUAUCGGUCCCUUCGACGAAAGCACGGAGCAAUGGAGCUCAUAUACGGAGCGUUUUGGAUAUUUCGUUGCGGCUAACGACAUACAGGAUGCUAAACUGGUGCCCAUUUUUUUGAGUGUGAUAGGCCCAAAGACUUUUACCCUGCUAAGGAGCCUGCUACAGCCAGCAAAGCCAGGCAGUAAAAGUUUCACAGAGAUCGUGGACACACUGACCAAACACUUCUCGCCCAAGCCCCUCGUGAUCGCUGAACGGUUCAAGUUUCACAAGCGAAACCAAGAAGAGGGUGAGUCUGUCACAAUGUUCGUUGCAUCGUUACGCAAAUUAGCUGAACACUGUGAGUUUAAAGAUGUUUUAAAUGACACAUUAAGAGACAGACUCGUGUGUGGUUUAAGAAAUGAAGCUGCACAGAAGAAAUUGCUCACGGAAAGUGAUUUGACUCUUGAGAAGGCAAUUAAUAUCAGUGUGACCAUGGAAAUGGCAUCAAAAGAAGCCCAUGCGCUACAUGCUACAGACAGAGUACACAAACUAGACAAUGGUAAAGCAAAUGCACAGGGACCAUGCUUCCGCUGUGGCAAGUUAGGACACCUUGCUAGUGAUUGCUGGUGCAAAGAAAUGGAUUGCAACAACUGUGGAAAAAAAGGUCAUGUAGCACGGGCAUGCAGGAACAAAAGGUGCAAGGAUAAGGGCUCAAAGCCUGGGAAUAAAAGAGGCACUGCAAGAUUCAAAAAAGAAAGACAUGUUCACACAGUUAAGCUUCAUGAGGAUAGAGCAAAUGACUCCUCAGAUGAAGAAGUGUUGUCUGCAAUAAAUACUGUGCGAAUACUGAAGGUGGACGAAACCUCAGACGGCUUUUGGGUCACGCCCAAACUGGAGGGACAUGUUGUAAAAAUGCAGAUUGACACUGGGUCAAAAGCAUCACUAGUGUCAUAUAAUGUCUAUAGGACAUGUCUGAAGCACCUUCCACUCAAACCCUCCGACACAGUAUUUAAAGGAUAUACUGGACAUCGAGUGCCUAUGAAAGGAAUGGCAGAGGUGACUGUUCAAUACAAUGGCCAAACUGCUAAGCUGCCUGUGUAUGUUACGCAGAAGAACUGCCCUGCUAUAAUGGGACGUGUGUGGCUCAAAACAAUCAGACUCAACUGGCAAGAGGUGAGAAAGCUGUCGCAUGGUUCCUCUCAGCUACAAGCCAUACUGGGAAAACACCAGGAGGUUUUUCGUGAGGAGCUGGGCAGCAUGAAAAAAUUACAGUGA